AGAUGGGAUCCUGAUCUUGCACACUAUGCUGAACAACUCGCCAAGAAAUGUACUCUCUGUUAUGAUACUAGUGAAAUUCCGCAGAGGCCAAACCAAUUUAUUAGACAAAAUAUUGCCGAAGUCGGAAGAGUGGAAGAAGCUGUAGAUGAUUGGUGGAAUCGACACAUGUUCUAUGAUUAUGCGACAAAAAAUUGUUCCGAAGGAGGAAGAUGCCAGCACUACCUCAAGGUGAAAUUAUCCAAAAUCUUGAUUAUUGGAUUUUUGAGUCACACUUAUUUUUAUUAA